AUGUACGACUUUACAAACCCAAAUUCAUUCCAUUCUUCCAUGAAGCCUAUAAAUUCAUGGAACUUGGAUCCUGCUUCUCGGCCACUUCCACAGCCGGAUUCUGCAGAGUGUCAAAUUGAAUACUUACAUAUAUAUGACUUUGACAAUACACUUUUUUAUACACCGGAACCAAACCCGCGAUUAUGGACACAAAGCACACGAAACUUUGUUCAAUCUUCACAAAACUUUACUCACGGUUCGUGGUGGACCAAUCCAGUAUUUUUACAGGGUAUCGGUGCCGGAAUGGCUGUAGAAGAAAGGCGCGCCUGGGCUGGAUGGUGGAACGAAGAAGUAGUUGAUUUGGUUCGCGAAACUAUGCAUGAUCCACGCGCUCUGGGAGUUUUAUUAACAGGCCGCAACAAGGAGCGGUUUGGAAAUGUUUUGCAGUGUAUGUUUACAGCUAAAGGUUUAAAAUUUGACUUGGUAUCACUUCGCACAGACGAGUUUAAAGACACAAUUCAAUUUAAACUAGCAUGUCUAAACUCUUUACUUGAAUACUACCGCAGUAGGUGCAAGGCCGUUUACGUUUACGAAGACCGAGCUCACCAUGUUAGUAUAUUUCGAGAUUUUUUACGAAAAUGGAACCAGGCAAAUGGAACAAAUCUAGAGAUGCGAGUGGUUGAAGUGGUCCCAAUCAAGAAAUGGUUGGACCCAAGAACAGAAGUCAAUUUGAUGCGCCAAGUUAUCGAAGCUCAUAAUGAAGCGUCAAGGAUAGCUAGUGCUCCCAGCAAAAAUUACGCUAUAUUACAGCUGGUUCAUGAGCAUCAAUAUUCUGGAUAUGUGAUAAUGCCUGAAAGCAGAGCCAAACUGCUAAACCAGUUUGGAAACCUGAGCGUUAUUGCAUCUAGUGAGUCUGAAGGUGGCCUGCAAAUUACAACAACUGGAGGAUCCACUUCUGCUCACAGCAAUGACAUUCGCAAGAAAAUUCGGUAUAUGUGCGAUUGUGUAGUUGUUCAAUGCCCAGAUAAAAAGACACCGCAGCAGCACCAACAGCAGCAGCAAAGAAAACAAACUGACAGUUUAUAUGGUGUUGGCAAGGAGCUUUAUACCAAUCUUGCAUUCUAUGGCGAUGCAGUCAAAUGGAAUAUUAUAGCAGCAGGUGGAUUUAAAGGAGUAUAUUUUCUUAAGGUUGUGCCCUUGCUGACGCCGGAGCAAUCUCAACGCAAGCAACCCCUUGCUUCUGUACAAUCAUACACUGAUACAGGCGUAGGUACCGGAGUUGUUAAUCUUGAAACAGGGCCUGUGAACGAACUUUAUAUACCGGUGGCUUCAGUGGCCAAGAACAAACGACCGGGCAGCAUUCAAUUUCCGGUGCAGGCGCCGGCGUCAAUGUGGAAGGCAGUUCCCAAUGGUCCCAUCAUUGACACUCUAUAUGGAGACAUUGGUCAGCUCAAAAUUAUAAAAUCGAAUUGCUCUCGAUGA